AACUUCAGUUUGUGUCGGAGAAGGAGAUCGCACUUUGUGCAGCCACGUUGGAAGCGUUGAACUGACAGCGAAAUAUCGUGUUUCAAGGAACCUAGUACUGUCAAAUGUCCGCUUAAAUUACCUGCUUCUGUGCUGCGGAUCAUCACCGCUGUGUAGCAGGUUUCUUGUGUGCCACUGUUGAGUGUUUCGUCGCUGUUGUGUCCCCGACUGUCUGGCUGUGGUUGCUCGUAUGUGAUACUCCAGGAAGAAACAAAGCUCGCUUGUUGAUUCAACUGCGGAUAGUGAUCAAUAUGCGGUACUUGUAACAAAGAGGGAAGAGGCUUUCUUCAAGAGGCACGAUUAGCUGCCAAACUGCGGGGGUCCAAGACGGCUCCACAUGUCAGCAUCGUACCACAACCCCAGGUAGCUGAUGGUGCAAGUCAUGGAGACGAACCUCUCCAAUACGGGCGCCGAGGGUCAGCCGCUGCUGUGCAACGGCACGGCGAAGGGCCACUCGUGGGCUGCCAAGGACACCACAGAUAGUCCGCUGCACGAGAGCUACCGCGGCAAGCGCCGCGACAAGAAUGGUGACCUGGCAGGAGGAGAUACUAUCAUCUCUAUUCCGUUACCGCCACCGGAGCGGAUAGAGCCUCGUCUGGUCCAGGAAAAAUGGAAGACACUAACGGCCUUCGGCUUCCUCUCUGGCAAUUUGGUACUCAACUUGACGUGCUUAGCUGUCGUUCACGAGCGGGUACCCGAUCGGAGCAAGUACCCGCCCCUCCCGGACAUUUUCUUCGAUCUGUUUCCGCCACUUGACUGGGCACUAGAUGUGUCGGAAAUCAUAAUCAUCAUCAGUAUCUGGUCGACCCUGUUACUGCUCUUCAUUCACCGUUACAGAUGGAUUGUCCUGCAGAGAGUUUUUUUUAUCAUGGGCAUUUUGUACCUCAUGCGCAGCAUCACAAUGUUUGUCACUCAGGUUCCAGUUGCCAGCACUACUUACUACUGUUCACCAAAAGCGAACACUACAAACCCGCUGCUAAUCAUGAAACGGGUGAUUCAAUUACUCAGUGGGUUCGGACUGUCGAUAAACGGGCAGCACACCUUCUGCGGUGACUACAUUUACAGUGGACACACUGUGAUCCUUACGCUGUCCUACCUUGUUGUAAGAGAAUAUUCGCCUCAAAGAUGGAAACUUCUGCACAUAUUCUACCUCCUGCUUAGUAGCGUCGGCAUAAUUAUGGUGCUUCUCUCAAGAGGUCACUACACAGUGGAUGUUGUGCUCGGCUACUACGUGACAUCCAGGGUGUUCUUGAUUUAUCACUCUUUGGCCAAUAAUAAUUCAUUAAAGAUACCAUCUCAAAACAACAAUUUUCUGGCAAGGGUCUGGUGGUUCCCUCUGUUCACUUACUUUGAGAAAAACGUCGGAGGUGUUGUCCCACGUCAGUAUGAGUGGCCUCUUCCUUGGCCACGACGUUGGUUGCCUCGAACUCGGAUAUCCUAGCACAGUGCAGAUGGCUAGGGAAGACAGCAGUGUUUGUGAAUCCACGAUGGUGUGAAAAUACAAAAUACUCAACCUACUAAUGCUGUGGUCACCCGUGUGUGACAAAUACGAGUGACAUGUGUGUGUUGUGGGCCUGGCGGAGGCGGUGCAAGAAGUGGACACAAGCUGUUGGUGCUGGAACCGAACUGCUACGUCCGGAAACUGCGCUCUUUUGUCUUUCACUGAAGCGGCAAUGUUGCGGGGCGUAAUGACAGAGUGACAACAAUGUGUAAAAAUCGAAUUCUCUUAUUUUGCACCUUUAUUUGGUGCAUUCCUCACAGAUGUUUUAUUCUCUGCACUUUCUCUGUACAAAGAUUUUACUGCCGUGAUGCACAUCACUGAAGUUAAUGUUGGCAAAAAAAAAAAAAAUACUGAGGUGUUUUGUUACAUCCUGCUUCAGUUUGUGUGCAUUUUGAAGGCCUUAUUUUGGGGGAGUGCGAAACAUAUCUUAAAAUGCAGUAACCACUGUGUCAAAAUUUGGUGUUCACUAUACCAAUUGAACUGUUCGAAGUGAACGCCAAAUGAGAAAAGAUCUUUGCAGUAAGAGCUUGUGGAUUGUUUUGCCGUAGCACAAACCUUGCACAUAUUAUAUUAGGUAUGUUACAACUACCAUAUCAAUUAUUCUUGUUCUACCAAGUUUUAUGUAUUGCUGUGUGAUACAAAUGGAUAAUUUAUUAAGCACCUGCACACUUUACGCUCUUCAAUAAUUGCAAAAGUGUGCAGCAUUACAAUGCCUUGUUGCAUUUGUACUACAGUUAUUAUGGCAAAAUGUACCACUACAAGCAGGUGUUACCAAUAUUUGUCUGUAUCAAGUAUUACAUUGAAGGAACAAUGUUGUAAAGAAAAAUUAUGUUGUAUAUGUGCUUCGGAAAGAAGGCUUCUGAGAAGCAAACCCCAGAAGAGUUACAAAUCAAAUGUUUUGGCCCUUUAAAACAAUUUAAGUAAUUUCAGAAAAAAAUUUUCUGAGUCCAACAUACUCUAUUCUGAUGUUCACUGAACAUCAGUGUGAUAUAUACUAAGUUUUGCGGAAAUCACAUCAAAUAACUAGCUGUUAAAUUUCCAACUUCAGUUUUGAGGGAAUGCAUCACUAAACCCAGCGCAUUUCAAAGGUGUGUGCCAAUGAAUAUGCAAGCAGCAUGUGUAAAUAAAAUGUGCCAGUCAAUGCAACCGCAGUCCUUACCACAUGUAGCCCACUAGUAACAUUGUUGUGAGGUGAAGCAUAACCCGAAACAAAAACCAAAACCGUGAUUCACUGUGGCAGCGUAGCACAGAUUAAAAGUGCCUAGGUAACUGCUUUUAUGGAAGUCCUUUUCACACACAUUUUUAAAGGACAGUUAAAAAAAACGUUUCCUAACCUAUGCAGUGUAGAACACCAAGAAAUGUGCUACUGUCACUUAUCAAUGACAUAACAUUGCCAUCCACAUUUUAUAAAAUUAUUUUUCACUUUAGAUAGCUGUAUAUACACCAAAAUGACAGGUCGGCACUCAGCUAUGUUUUAACCUGACAAAGGAAAACUCAAAAGCAAGGUUUGUAUUCAUCCCGAAGACGUGUGUAGAUCAGGUUCAAGAUAGGAUAUAUAGUAUUGGAAUCUCCACAAAUCUGCAGCAUUGGUGGUCACCAGAAUCCCAGUGGUGAGUAUAGCCAAGUAUGUCUAUCCUUAUUGCACAGUGAUGUGUUGCCACAGGGGUUUGGAAUAGAUGCUAUUUAUUUAAUAGUCAAAUGUAUAUGUGUAAAAAUCCUACAAAGACUGUUUUUUUAAUAUGUACAGCCAAUAUUAAUUUCAGGUUCAAGCCAGUAUAUCUCAAUGGUUGUGCUUUUGUGUGAAGCAGGGAGGCUGUUACAAACAAAACUGUGUUCCUGGCAUUGUUGCAGCAUGGAUUAUGUAAAAAUUGUUCACAGCAAUGCCUAGUCCUCACACAUGAUAUUGAAGACCUACUCAAAAAUAUGAGCCAACUGUUGCUGCUGUGUGCUUGUCUGUUAGUGUGAUGUACAAAAGUCUUCACCUGUGAUACGAGGCUAACAGCAUAAUUGCAAUCGUACUGUGUCAAACAUGCUUGACAUUUUCGAAGAAUAAAGUAUUUUUUGGGCUUAGCA